GAUAAUCAUAUCUUAAUCUAUCUCUGAUGCUCUUGGUCACUUAGCAGAAAAUUGUCGAGCAGAAACCCAUGCGUAAUGAUAGUUGCGAUGUGUUUUAAAUCUCUAAUUCAUUAGAAUAACCCAGUACUACCCUCUGAAAGACUGAUGCAGCUCAUCACCCAUAAAGAAUCUCUGUUACGGAGUUGGACCACAACACCCCAUCCUGGACAUCGUUCAUGUUGCUAGCAUGAUGUCAUUAUCAAAAUGACCUUCUACUAGGCGGUCGGAUCAACUAUUGCCAUGGCUUACUGUCCACCAGACUUCAGUACCUGCUUAAGCUUCCCCGGAAUUUCUAAAAUGGAUCUCCAAGAGACCCGCAGCCCCAAUUCAGGACAAUGGGUUCCACUGAUCAACCAUCAGACGCAUGCCACUAUUCACGCCUCAGGGCGAUCUUCAAGAUGUCAAUUGAUCAUCGUCCAACUUUUUAUCCAACAAUCAGGCGGGGAAUUCAAGAAGCUGCAGGAGGCCGCAUUGAACGGACAUCUACAGAUGCCCGAAAAGGAUAACGCAUACCAACCCGACAAGUCUCCGUCUGGACUAUAAGGAGUAGAGUUUCGGAUCACCUUCUCGGUUUCCCGACUUGGUCAAUUUGAGAAGUAAUGUCGAUGGUUGUUUUUAUUUGCUUCUCUGAUGUCGCGUUUUGGGAGCAAUAUCAUUUGGAGCGCUGAACGCGGCCCAUAGCUAUACGAAUGCUCGUAGGCAACCACCCACUUGGAAUCUGCUACUUUUGAAAACCCUUGAGAGUCCACGCUGAGAGGGGAAGGGCGAGAGAUGAGUAAAAGGGUGUCAAUCAAUGCUGCAUUCUUCCCUUGACUAUCGGAAGGCGUAAACAUGCUUCAGUUCUCUCAAAUACCUUUUCAAGCGCCAGCCGUGUGAUCUAUCAUUUUGUUACUCCUAUGAGCACUUGCGACAAGCAAGGGGUCAGUCGCCACAGUAGAGGCCAAUUCAGAGCUACCAUAUCCCAUUAACA